AUGGAGCGGCGCUCCGGGGUUUCAAUCCGUUCCUAUGCAGCUGCAGUGGCCACCAGAUUAGCAUAUGAAGGGGCCAGCGCUAGUGGUGUUGAUGUACAACUUGAAAUUGAUGAAAGUGAGCGGGCUACAAUACAGACAACACUUGACACUCGACCUAUCAACACUAAGCGGAAAUACGACGGCUACCAAAACGAGUUUGUGCAAUGGUGCACCUCUCGCGGAUUCCAAGAUAAAGACACUGUGACCGAUGGAAAGCUACAUUUGUUUCUGUCUAGCAUGGUGAUCGGGCGAAAGUCUAAGAAGAAUGCUGAAAAAACCGUUGGAGGCUCCACUGUGUGUGGAUAUGUAAACGCACUUGUAGAUCUGUACAACCAGCAGGUUACACUUCGUACAAACUCGAACCCACACCCGCGAACCACUGCUGUGAAGCAACUGAUAAAAAAUGUCCAGGCCACGACUACUCAAACCAAGAAAAAGAAUUACGAGGACAGGGGAAUUGGCUCAUUGUUCUGA